AGAGUGAAGGUAGAUAGAGCUGUAGCAGUGUGACAUUCUUUAGGGAGCUAUGGCUGUCCGGAGCAUAGCAGUAGGAGCUUUGAUCCUCGUCGUAGCUUACGUUUGUGGUGGUGUUGGAGCUGAGCAGGAACAUCCCCGUAAGCCGGGAGCUCCCAGAGAGAAGCACUGCCGAGCCGAGACUCCCGCUGACGAUGGCUGGAUUUCGCAGUGCAGCGGCAAGAUCUCCUGUCCGAGCACUUGCCCGCGGUGCCAUCUCUCGUGCAAGUUUUGCGGGAUGAUCUACUGCCCGAGAUGCAACAAGAUUGGGUCGGUCUGUCAAGACCCACGAUUCAUUGGCGGGGAUGGAGUUACCUUCUACUUCCACGGCGAGAAAGAUAAGAACUUUUGCCUCGUCUCGGACUCUAGCUUCCAUUUGAACGCUCACUUGAUCGGCAAGAGGCCUCCUGGCAGGAGCAGGGACUUCACCUGGAUUCAAGCUCUCGGCAUUCUCUUUGGUCCCCACAAGCUCUACGUCGGGGCCAGGAGAGUGGCGACUUGGGAUGGAGCAAAGGACCACUUUCUCGUCCACUUCGACAGCAAUGCCGUGAGCAUCGAGCAAGGAACCGGGGCGGUCUGGGAGGCCGAGUCGGGGCCUGUGAAGCUCACUCGGUUGGAGGCGACGAAUUCGCUCAGCGUUUUCAUCCCGGGCGCUCUCAACGCGUCGGUGGCGAUUGUUCCCAUCUCCAAGGAGGAGUCGCGGGUUCACGGUUACGAGAUCUCGGGCGACGACUGCUUCGCGCAUCUCGAAGUUAACUUCCAGUUCGCGGGCCUUGGCUCGCGAGUGGAAGGCCUUCUUGGGCAGACUUACGCGGCCGAUUGGAGAUCGCCCAUCAAGGAGGAAGGCAUCGCGAUGCCGACGCUGGGUGCUCGAGCCGAUCGAUACGAGGCAUCGUCUAUCCUCACGCCGGAUUGUAGCGUUUCUCAGUUCCAUAGGGCCUUGUAAAAAAGGUCUAAGAAUAUUUCAAGUAUAUUGCUUGGAGAUAGGGUUUAUUUUGUUAAAGAUGGAGCUUAAGGAGAAAUCAUGUGAAACUUAAGCUGA